GCCUUUGCUCGCCUCUCUUCUCUCUCUCCAGCUGCCUCUGCCUCGGCCUGCGCCUCUCGCUACCCUCCCAGCGACUCUGCGACUCGAUGCGUAGGUGCUGGGCUGGAUGAUGCCAUGGCCGCCUUCAACUCCAUGCCGGCAAUGCCUGCUGCCCCUACGGCGCCCAGCGAUGCGAUGGGGCUGAAUCACGGCCCCCCUCCGCCCAUGGGCAUCGACUCUUUUGAUCCCGAUCUAAACUUUCAUGAAUCUCUGCUCGACGGCAGCGCGCUGGCUCCUCUACCUUUUACGCCUUCUUAUGAGUUCGAUAACUUCGUCACCACCUUUGAAGAUCCAUUUUCCUAUUCCUCUCGCCCGUUUGAGCCCAUCACCAAUCAGGAUGCCGCGAAUGACGAGGCAUCUCCCCAGGAGCUGGACAACAAGCUCCUGGGCUUCUCUGACCCGAUCAUGCAUGCGACUAUAGUGGAUGAGGCGGGGGCGUUUACCGAUUUGAACAUGACGGCGGAGCUAUACGGCAUGUUCUUCGUUGCCGAGGAUGUGUUUGGCGGGGAGAAUUCAGGCCGUCCGCUGGAGUUGACGUGCUACCGUCGGAACCUGUGGCAGUGCUCAGGACAAAUCACGCUGCCUCGAGCCGUGAACAAUGUUAUAGACGAACAGGGGCGCCAGACAGCCAUUACGGAGCUGUCGGCGUCCAUCACGGGCUUGGAAUCGAUUGAGGGGAAAGCCGCCGAAAUCAUCACAAUACCAUGGAAAGGCGCAAACCCUCAAUUAGAAGAGGCAAAGAUCGCAUCGGCUCCUCCCAAUCUGACUCUUGACUUGAGCAUUGGCCGAGAGAUUGAUGCCAACAGAGUCUCUCUGCCCGUCUCGUGGAAGAGACUGCAGUUCAAGCACGCCACCGCUAACAACGGCCGGCGAAAGGGAUUGCAGCAGCAUUAUGUAGUCCAGAUCAAUCUGCUGGGCAAGACGAAAUCGGGAGAGAUUAUCAAGAUCGCCGAGGUUCAAUCUGGCCCGGUCAUUGUUCGAGGGCGAAGCCCACGGAACUUUGACAGUAGAAAGGAUGUGCACCUCACCAGUGAUAAGAAGCUAGAGAGGAGAAACACAAACAGCACUGACAAUCCUACUCCCAAGGCGGAGAGGGACAACCUGCUGGCUUCUUUGCCAAGAUACCCAUCUGUAAGUGGCGGUCCCAUCAGCAGGGCACUGGCUUUGGCUGGAAGUGUGCUGUCAUGCAUCCAGAGCCCGCACCCAGCGAAGCGCAUGGCUCUGUCUCCUACAGUCUCACUUCCACCGGUCCCGGCAUGGACGACAGAAAACCCCACGGGCAAAGGCCCUCCCCCGAACCAUCGAAACUCCUUCUCAAGGCCGCCCAAUCCCACGGUCCCCAUAACUCUAUCGCUAUCAGAGGACGAAAAGAGCCCCAACAGAUCAAGUGCUGAGCUGCAGAGCCCACAGCUAUCCAAAGCCUAUCCGGCGAAUGGCCAAAACGCCAGCAACAGUCCGGCUGAGGAAGCAGAUCCUCUCUACGAAUACUUUCCCCUUAGUGUUGAUGACUGGAUGCCACCAGUCGAUGCUGUAUAUAGGCCGCACAUAGUCCACCACACCAUCGCCCCGCCAGAAUUCAAAGCUCAGCAGAUAGGCCGAAAGGUCAAGCGCUACUUCACCGCCGAUUAGAGAUCGAUCCCCGGCUACAUACCGCACUCGCUAGAAAGAAGUGCAACCAUUUACGGCGAAUUUGCAACGGGGACAUGUUUUUAACGAAAUGACGAAGGCUCCAUCCGACGGAUCGCAGCAUUUCAUUGUAUCAUAGUGCGGAUUUCUCUUCCCAUCUGUCGUUGGGGAGCCCGUGUAUUCAAGGGAUAUUUUGUUUUUAAAGUCGCGGGCUAUUUUCAUUAUGCGACGACAUGACUGGGACACAGCAGGGAUAUAUAUACCCAGGGGCUCUUUCUGGUUCUUGUGUUUUUGUUUUAUUUCAUAUUAUUUUUUUCCAUCUUGGUAUUGUUUUAUUCGAAUCGUGGAUGCAUGGCUAGUUUGAUUUGCAAGGGCGAAGAGAAAAAAAAAUUGUAAAUCAUUCGUUAAACAUCACGGUGUCGAUUUCUAGGCGGUCGAUUAAAGAAAAACGCUGUGUCUGUUUGUU